AAGAAAGAGGGAAGAAGAUUGAAGAAAGAAAAAAAAAAAGGGCAAGAGAUGCGGUGCAGCGGCUUGAGUUUGAGUCCAAUACAAAUCGCAGGAGGUGGAAGCGGAAGCGGAAGCGAGUCUCGCUUCUGCUACCUCCCAACAACUAAAUCAACAAAGUCAUCACCACUUCCUCCUCCACUACUCAUAAAGUGGUCUUUGAGAGCCUCCGCCUCCGCCUCCGCCUCCGCCUCAGCCUCCAUGAACGAUGGGUUAGUGACGGAAGAGGGUUCUUCGGCCAGCCUGAGUUUCUACGAACUCCUUGGCAUACCCGAAUCCGGAUCCUUGUUCGACAUCAAGCAGGCCUACAAGCAACUCGCCCGAAAGUACCACCCGGAUGUCUCUCCCCCGGGUCGGGUCGAAGAGUACACCAAACGGUUUAUCCGGGUUCAGGAGGCCUACGAGACCUUGUCUGAUCCUACAACGAGAGCUCUCUACGAUACACAUAUGGCCAAAGGUCUCCAUUUUGCUUUCUCUGCUACUCGAAGACGCCACCAUCACCAGGGAAUGGAAGAAAAAGGUGAUUGGAAGAACCGUUGGCAAGCUCAGUUAUCAGAGCUAAAGAAAAGAAGCAUGAGCAAGGAUGCUAGAGGGGAUUUGUCUUGGGGAGCUCGAAUGCGCAGGCGAAGGGAUGAAAUGAAGUAGUAAUAAGCAAGUAUACCAUAAAUGGGUUUUUCUUUCCUUCUAUUCUCCCUGUAUAUAUGAUUUUCUAACUUAUACAUGGUCAAUGUUGAAAUAGGAAACUAAGUUACCAUUUAGCUAUAAUCACAUUUCUGGGCAAGGAAAUUCUUUCCAACCCCAAUGCGAACUGUACAUGAGGUUAUAUAUAUGAUUACUUUUUUUCCUUUU